AUGGGAGAAGGAGACCUCGAGCUAGACAGAUCUGACCACGAAAGUCAGGAUAGUGAUAGCAAACACAGCUAUCAGCACGAGAAAGAUAGUUUUUCCAAGAAAAAGACUCCUACAGAACCGGAUAAUAAGUAUUAUGAAGUUGAAGCGAUUUUGGAUGGACCGAAAAAGCGAAGGGAACAUCUAUUUAAAGUUUGCUAUAAAGUCAGAUGGAAGGGAUAUGGUCCGGAAUCCGACACAUGGCAACCCAUUGCGGAUUUGGUCAAUGUUCAAGACAUGAUUGAUGAUUAUAAAAAGGAAAAGGAUAAUCAAAGGCAUGACAAGUUCAAAAAGACUGGCACAGAUUCUAUGGUGAACAAGCGUUCAAGGAUUUCAUCAUCAUCAUCAUCACCUGAAGGACACAAUGCUGGUAGAAAGCAUUUUGACCCUGUCUAUGGAACUGUAAAAGACAAGUUCUGGAAAGAUCUAGAACUAGGACAUCAGAACCAUUCUCCUCAGUUUAAUGGAGACAUGUACUCUAAUGUGAAAGGUUGUCGGCGGGCCGCUCAUACAGAAGCUUUGGCAAGUAUUCACAAGCAGCGUCGGCGAGAAAGCAAAUCUCUUCAUACUUCCAGAUCACCGUUGCGUGUUUUACGUGGUGAUCACUUUAGUAAAUCCAGAUCAUCCUCUCCAGUGUCUUCCAAACAUGGAAAAUCGUCACGGAGGUCAGAAUCACCCAAGAUGUCUCGCGUCGGCAGACCACGGAAGAGAUCCACUGAUCCUCUAUUUGCUUCAGAAUCCACAUCUGCAAAGCGGAGUAGACGGUCAAGGGAAGCCAACAGUGGGAAUAUAUUUUUCGAAUGCAAGCAGCCGAGUGUUAUCAGUUCAGUUACUUCGGAAACGGUGGCGAUUGUUACUACAUCAACUCCGCUAACUCCUCCAGUUGUGUCCAAUACUAGUGCAGCACCUUUACUGUCUGCAUCAAGUGUGGUCAGUUUGGAUGGACCAGUGUCCAGUUCUGUGGUCACUGCGUGGUCCAGAUCAAGUACUGAUUCAACAUGUUUAUCCAUGGUGAAUGUUGGUGCCAGUAGCUGUGAUGCAAUAGCAGGAGCAUCAUUUGAUACUUGUGGUGGUGCAUCUCAGGGAUCACUGCCUGAUGACUCACAGAUACACAAAGCUCUCUCCCAUAUGCGGUCAGCAUUAGAUACCCAGUCAGAGGCCAGUGGAGCUGUGGAGCGCUCUUAUGAUGCAGAAUGUUUAUGGAAUGGAGCCUGCAAUAGGUCGGAUUGUAAAUCUAAUCGCAGAAGGAAUAUGAAAAACGGCCAAAGAAAGCUUGGUGGUGUGAUACCUACUGAUGGGAGUGAUAGUGAUGGUGAACCUAACGUUGGGAAUGAGAAUACAGCAAUGGAAGAUGAGAAUAAUGAUGGUGACAGUGCUCUUGUGGUGAAUGAAGACCAGGCUGCUGUAGAGGAAGAUAAUAGGGUGUAUAGUAGUGAGGGAGAGGAAAUGGAGGAUGAUUGUCUUGCUGUAGAACACACACAGAAUAUCUCAUCAGCACCUUCUGCAUCUGGCACAAAGAGUUCAUUAGGAUUGAUGAAAACAUCAACUUCUGGGGCUAAAUCCAGCCACUCAGUAAUAAGCACUUCCUAUCAGUCAAGAUCUUCAUCCAGACAAGAUGAUAGUCCAUCUCCAUUGCCUGUGUCGACUGUUUCCAGAAAAGAUCAUAAGUCACUUGACUAUCCAUCAUCAGGACAUGGAUCUAGAAAUAAAUCUAGUUCACAGUCACAUUCAUCAGCUCGUGAUCGGCGGCUGUUAUAUUCCUCCUGCCAUACUGAUAGCUCUGAUUCCAGUUUUGAUGAUACAGCCUCUAGCGGGCCCUCGUUAAGUAGAGAGGCUGUCAGUGAUUCAUUCUGUAGAAUAGCAAGGCUGUCUGACGUAGAUACAUCAGCUGUUCCCAGCACAAGUGGGUCAGCUGCUCCCGGCUCCUGGUCCUUACAGCGGAGUCUUGAAGGAUGUUCAUCUCAAGGAAGGAAGAGUCAUGUGGAAGCAGAAAGACCUGGACUGUUCAGUGAAAACAAUGGGGCUUUUAUAUUUUUGGAGCAAGAUUCUGGAGACAUGUCUACAAGAGAGCAAUAUGAAGAAGGUGUGUUCUCUCAGGAAUCUGUCAGCGUGACCCCUUCUUCUCCUGGGAAAGAGAAUUUUGGCAGUUCUGGUUUGAAGAGUAAACUGAAGGUGACUAAAGGUGCAGAUGUUCCGAGCACACAUUCUGGAGGUAGGGCUGGCAGUCUUGUUAGAUCCCAUCCCAGGCAAACAAGACUGGAGGAUUUGGAGGCAAGUGCAAGCCGGCCACGCAGCAGUGAAGUUUCCCAGCCACAAGAGAAGAUGCCUUCUCCCAACUCACGAGAUUCUGAACUGAAUGAAAGGAUUGUCACUUUAACCUGUGAUGAAUUGGAGGAUUUUGUUGAACAGAACAUUACAGUCGAAAAGGACAUUGGUUUUAUUUCAAAUGCUGAUCUUCUGCAAGCGGUAAACCUUAGCAAGGCCGAGGUGGUCAAGCGAGCUGUCAAACAGAUCAGGUCAAAUGAACAUAAACUGGACCUUGAGCAGGCAGACAACACUGGUACCACAUUGCUAAUGAGGGCUGUCCAAAGAGGUGCACUAGCCAUAGUGGAAAUGCUAUUGGAAAAUGGGGCAAAUGUUAAUGCGCAGCAGACUAAUGGCACAACUGCCCUGAUGAUAGCUGCAGACACGAAUGGAACCUGUCUUGUGGCCCUACUUCUGAAAUAUGGUGCCAACAGCAGCCUGUACACAGUCAACUCCGACCAAGCUGAGACAGCUCUCAUGAAA